AAUCAAUAAACUUGAGAAUUCCUUAACCUUAAAUUUCAGUUAGUUGUUUCCAAAGUGUUAAGUGAAGAAACGUUUUCCAUUUUUUUGCAUUCCCGACUAGUUUUCCACGAUAAAGAUGACGAAUACCAAAAGUCUAAACGAAACCGAGAAGAAAGUCUUUGAGGCAAUAGAAAAAAAUGAUGUGAUCCUCCUAAAGGCAUUACUUCCGAACUUGGAAAACCCUGAUAUCAUGGAUGAAAAUUCCAUGACACCUUUACAGCAUGCGGCAUAUAAAGGAAAUAAAGAUAUCGUCCAGUUGCUUUUAGACCAUGGGAGCGACGUCAAUCUAUGUGAGCAUCAGCAUAAUUAUACAGCACUGCAUUUUGCUGGGCUUUCAGGUAAUCCAGCAGUCUGCAUUUCUUUAUUGCUUGCAGGUGCAAAGUCCCAAGUUACCAACAGCGUCGGCAGAACACCAUGUCAAAUGGCAGCUUUUGUUGGCAAUACCCAAUGUGCGGAUGCCAUCAAUCAUUUCGUUCCAAAAGAAGAGGUUGAUUAUUAUCUCACACACGAACCCAAGUUACCCACGAUUUUAGCUGACAAAUUCCACUUAUUCAUCAUGCAGAGCAGUGUUCAUCCUGUGCGAGUAAUUUUCAAUCUUCAGAAGUAUAUAGGGUUGUCGGAGCACUUAGAAGAGGUAAAAGCUGUGUUACAAGACAUGAGAGAUAAGGAAAUGAAGAAAGGGGCAGAAAUGAACGAAGUAAUGGCUUUCAAGUUCCACUAUUUGUCUUGUUUGGUAGGAGAAAUAAUUGCUUUGAAGAAGAAACAAGAAGAAGGAGAUGGCAAAAAGAAAACUAUGGAUACAGUAGAUUUAUUCACAAGAAAUAUGUUGAAACCCAACAAAGAGAAAGAAUUGGAAUUCAUGGACAAACUUUUGAAAGAAUAUAUCAAAGAAUUCCCAUAUCGUGAAAGCAUUUUGUUCCGUCAGAUGUUGACCAGUCUCACAAACGAAGCUUCCUUCUCAACAUUGAAUGUCAUCAAGAUGACUUUGAAUGGAAACAUGAGCUUUUUAAAUAAUAACCAAGGUUGUGCUACCUGCGGGGAACCCGAUAAGAAUUUUGUCAAGAAGUGUUCGAAAUGCAAAUCCGUUAUCUAUUGCGACAAAAAUUGUCAACGUUUGCACUGGCAUUGGCACAAGAAAGAAUGCGAUCUUUUACAGAAUGACACAAAUUCGAACACGAAAACUGUUCCUGACGCAUCAGAAUUGUCUGCUGAGUUACAGAAGGUGCUUAUUGACCCGGGAAGUAAGGUCGAGUAAUGACCAUUCACUUCUCUGAGAAAUAAUUAGACCAAUAUAACAUAUUGCUGACUGAGUGAAUUUAUCGUAGAACAAAUUAUGUAUUCGAUUUUUAUCUAUUCAUGUUUAGAUUGUAUGUACUAACAAAAUGCUGAAAAAGUUGUUGUAAUUCAAUUGUAUUGUAAUAUUGAUUAAAAAAUAUAUACCGUAUUAAGUUCAA